GUCAAUGAACUGAUCCGGUCCACCGCUCGGUUUAUAUGCUUGCAAAUUUCUUAUAAAAUAUUUAAGAUACAACGAUUCUGUCGUUGAUUUCUUAUUAUCCAUUCACCGUCUGUUAGUGCUGUUCAAAUCCGAGAUGUCCUACAACAAAUAUAACACGCGCCAUUCCGGCCGUUUCAACACCCCGGGUCAGUUCGUGCCUGCCGGAGAGCUGGCGGGAGGCGCGGCGCCGGGCGGCGGAGCUCAGCGGCAGCAGCACAACAACCCCAAUCUCGCUGUCGGACAACCCUUCAACCAGCAGUCGUUCACGCCGGUGCCGCAGCCGCCGCUCCCGCAGCAGCCCCGCCAAGUUCAGCAGCAGAACUUGCAGAAUGUGCCCAUUCAACAACAGAACCUGGACGUGGAGAUGAAAACUGAACCAGGGACUGAGGGAAGCUCAGAGGGCGGCAACGGCAACGGUGGCGGCCGCCCCCACUGGAUGAAGAACAAGCUUGGAGGAGUGAAGAAGGUGUCGAACAAGGAGCGCCGCCGCCGCCAGAACGAGACGCUCCGCAAACUGCUCACGCCCAAGAACGCGCUCAUGGUGCUCAACGAGAUGAUGCCCAACGAACAACUCGCCACGCAAUUCAAAGUGGAAGCUGCGGGCAACCAGUUCUACAAGCCGGCUAACCAGCAGAGCUUCUGCGCGGACCUCACGCUUGACGGCAAUGUCUACAAGGGAUACGGCGAGAACAAGUUGUCUGCGCGCAACGCGGCCGCGGAGAAGGCUAUCCGGGACCUGAUUAUCAAGCGCAUGUCCAAGGUCUUCGCCAACGACGCUACCAAUGCCGCCAAUGCCGCCAAUGGGGGUGACGGCGCAAACGGCGAGGCCGAGGAGACGCUGCCCAUGAUCCAGCUGGCCUCGUUCGCUCUGCACAAGCUUUUCUCCGAGUGGGAGUACGAGGGGGUCAAGGUGCCGCAGCUGAAGCCGACCGGCCACCAGGGCAACAGCACGUCCGAGUCCAUGGAGAUACUAACCCCCCCUCCGCCCAAGCCGAAGCCGGCCAUGAAGCGCAAGGAGCUGCCCCCCAACGCGGCCACGCUGCACCCCUGCAUGCUGCUGACGUACAUGCGGCCCGGGCUCGAGUACCGCGAGCUGGCCAUCAGCGGCGACAAGCCGCAGACCAUGCUCUUCACCAUGGGCGUCGAUGUAGAUGGCGCCACGUACAUCGGUAAAGCGUCGAACAAGAAAGAAGCCCGCCGCGCCGCCGCGCGCGCCGCCUGCGCCGCGCUUUUCAACGUGACGUUCCCCGACCCGCCCCAGCCCACCCCGCCCGUGCAAUAG